CUGUUAAGGACUCUACACUUAGCUGUCAGAGAUUGUAAAACAAGAGCGUGCUGAGUAAAUGCUUACUUUGCUUCAUCUACAACUUUUUGUGCCAUGGAGCAGUGCUCUUUGAAUCUGGUGUAACUGCUUUAACAAGGUAUUAUCUUGAGUUUCUGCAUUAGAAGCUCUUUCAACAGAAGACUGCAAAACAGGAAUUGGUUGCAUUUGGACAGCUAUUUGGAAAACAUAGUUUCUAUGCAGCAUUUUAAACCACUGAAAUUAGAUGUGAGGGUUUUUUUGUUUUGUUUUAAUCUUCAAAAGAAGAGCUGGUGAGACUAAAGCACAAGUUCUGGGCCAGAUGAAUUGAAGCUUAUGUGUAUUUUUUUAACUGUGAGAUAUAAGUAUGAGACAUCAGCAAGUUCCUGCUAGUGAAAUAAAUGCAUUAUAUGCAGGGCUAAGACCUUCAUGUACAAGUAAUAAUAUUACAGUCAGCUCUGCGCUCCAUAUGAAGGAUAAAUCUCACCUCAUCAAAAGAAGAGGAUGUCCCAGUGAUAUUUGGACCAUGAACCAAGCUACUGGUACCAGUACUCACUUGCAAAACCAAACCAUCAGUAGGUUCCACAGCUCGGGUAACAGUGAAUUAAACUGCACCAACGAAUGCAACACGGAGACGUCAGUUAUUGCGCAGCCCAUAUUUGUUUUUGAAAAGAAAGGACGACCUUUCAAGAGGCCUGCAGAAGACCUGGUUUGCAAGGCUGAAAAUGAUUUCGUUGGUUGUUCCAGGAAACGGGCAAGGUCUUCAUCUUUCACUUUCCAAACGUCGGACUCACAGUUUUACAUGGAUACAGCACUCUCUCAGAAAAGAGUGAGAUCAUCUUCUUGUACUACUCUUCUUACUUUUCCUCCAUCACAGCCAGUAAAGAAUAACAUAUUCAUGACCUCAGCCCUUCUCCAAAGAAACUAUGACAUCACAAGAACAGAAAAAGGACCCUUGUCACAAAUUCAGCAGUGGUCUGUCAUAAGACCUGCUGUUUUACAGCCACCACAGUCUGAGCUAUCCAAGGAAGGAAGGCAGAUGUGUACUGAAAAUACAUUGGCAUUUUCCAAAGCUAAAGAGAAAGCAAAUUUUCAGUUGUCUGAAGAGAGCUCUCAUUGGCCAGAAGCGAAUUCAGGAAGUUCUGAGAAAACAGGGAGGCCAUCCAUCUUCAUGCACCUUUCUAGCCCUAAAACAAUAGGAAAUCAGCCAGUUGAAGAUGUAACUGUUUUAAACAACAGAAAUUCUAAUUUUGUGUUUGGAGAAAACAUGGUCGAGAGAGUUUUGAGUCCUCAAAAAUCCCCUAACCUACAUAGUGAAACAGAUCUACGUAAGAGAGAAAAAACAACCAUGGAUGCUGAAACAUUUUGUAUUGGUUAUUCACAUACAGAAACAUUUUUUGUCAAGAAGUCAAUACUAAUUGAAUCAGCUGCUGAUCACAUUUCCAAACCAGCAAAGAAAUAUUUAUUAGAUAAAGUUCAAGUUAUAACAGGGGAAGAAACAGAACACAACGUGUUGCAGAUCAGCUGCAAGCUGUUUGUAUUUAAUAAACUAUCACUAUCCUGGACUGAAAGAGGCAGAGGAUCCCUGAGACUUAAUGAUACUUCAAGCAACAAAUAUGGAACUUUACAGUCAAGGCUAGUUAUGCGAAAUCAAGGCAGUUUAAGACUGAUUCUCAACACCAAACUCUGGGCUCAGAUGGUGAUAGAAAGACCAAAUCGCAAGAGUCUGUGCAUCACUGCAACAGACAUAGAAGACAAUUCUGUUAAAGUAUUUUUAAUACAGGCAAGUUCAAAAGAUACUGGGUACCUGUAUGCAGCAAUACAUCACCGUCUUGUAGCACUGCGAAGCUCUGCUGAGCAAGAACUGGAUGCCAAUCAAAUUGACACAGAGCCCGAAACAGCCUUUCAACCAUUAAACAGUGAUAGUGAUGAUGAUGAUGAAGAAGAUGAAACAAUAACUCAAGUAAGCAGCAGUGAAUCAGAUCAUUCUAGAUGGAUACGCAGACAGCCUGUUGUGUGCUCAUGACAACUACAUAUGAUUAGAACAAUAUAAUUAGUAGCUCAUUUUGCUGAAAAUCAUAAACCAUCUCAGCAGAUCCUUGUAUAAGGAAAUCCUAUGCACUUACACUAUAUGAUUUUCAAGCAAAGAUUAACUUUUAAGGCAACAUAAGCUUAAUACAGCAGAUACGGAUGUCAGAAGCACUUUAAGGAUUUCAAUCUUCAUCUCUUGUAGUGGAAGGGGAAUGACAGGAUGGUCUCCACUAUUCAAGAAGCAUUACAAAACCUUCAGAUCUGGAAUUGAUUGUAUAUAGAGACAGUAAUAAAGUGAGGGAUUUAAUAUCUUAUCAAAGUUCACUCAUCGUAUUGAUAGAAUUGUGAUAUUUCUAUAAGAAUGUAUAUUUAUUAUUUCUUUAUAUAAUGUUUAUCCACAAAAAGCUGUGUAUCAUGAAAACGUUAAAUGUAGUUUUAUUGGAAAAAUCCAUAGUUGUUGUUUGAUAACAUUUAAGAUCCUAUACUGCAGUCCAUAUUCAAGCAGAACUCCUUAGUUAUGUCUAUACUGAGCUGUUUUGUGCAAAAAAUAUGCAAAUGAGGCAAAGCGUGGACUAUCGCUGUGCCUUAUUUGCAUCAUUAAUGAGCAGCCGCUUUUUGCGCAAGAGGCUUUUGCGCAAAAAAGAGCCCUCUAC